AUUAUUUUAAAUCUUGACGCAAAAGUAUUGUAAAAAUGUUUGGGAUGAUAAUUGAAACAUUUUCAAUAUUGGAAUGUCUCGGUUCUCCUUUUAUAUAAAGCUAUGAUUUGUACAUCAUGGUUUAAUAUGAUGCGCAAAAAUACGAUGUGCGAACGUUAAAAAUGUGAACAUGGUGAAAUGAAAAACACAAAGGAUAGGCCUAAGGGAAAUAUUUUUGUGUUAGAUUAGACUUCUUCUAGAUAUCCAUUUACAUCAUCUAUAAUUUAGGCGGGUCAACGACAUACAUAAUAGGUGAACUAGUGUUAAUUUUACCCUUAAAGAAUAUGGAAUACACAAUAGAUUUGCAGUACACAGUGUGGCGUCUGAGCAAUACACAAAUCAAUACUAAGAUUGUUUGUUGAUGGAUUUAUAAGUAAGAUAAACGAAAAUGAUGGAAGAAGAAAAGAUAGAACGACUGAGAGAAAGAAUUCUCCAGUGUCCAAUUUGUAUGGACGAAUACAACGACCCAAGGAUCCUACCAUGUCAUCAUUCUGUUUGUUUUCAGUGUCUGCAAGAUUUUGUUCGACACUCUUCAUCUUCUGGUCGACUGUUCAGGUGUCCACAAUGCCGUUCAGAUAUAUGUGUUCCUAGAGGAGGAAUCAAAGAUUUCCCGCCAAACUUUUAUGUCAACUGUAUUCAGGAUGAAAUUGGUUCUAAACCGUACUUUAGCACGUGUAACGUCUGUGAACGUGAUUGGUUGGUAUCUCAGUAUAGAUGUGUUGAUUGUGAUAUCGAUAUAUGUAAAUUCUGUAUCCACGAACACAAACUUUUCAAACACGAUCCUUCCAAAACUCUCAAUAUCAUGCGUAUUGAAACUGGAAACAUGGGCACGGGCAUGUCUUCUCAAAAACAGUGCACUGAACAUUCAGAACAUAUUCUGAGUAUGUUUUGCUCUACUUGCAACACUGCUGUCUGCAUAGAUUGUAUCCUACAGUCACACAAAUCACAUGAUACAUGUACUUUGGGUAAAAAACUAGAACAAGCAAGAGAGUUCCUACAAAAAGAAAUGGAUUCUCUGAACACGUCCGUUCGAUCAGUGAAAAAGACAGUUGAGGAGUUGGAAAAGUUGUCGACAGACAUAAAAGAAAACACCACACACUGCAUCAAGGACGUUCGGAAACAAGCACGUGACUUAACUAAUACAAUAGACCAAAUCGCUGAACAACAAGUGAAAGUCAUGACAACAAUUGAACUAGAGAGUUUAACGCCGAUUAACAACUAUAAGAAAUGUUUGAAUGAUUUUACGGACAAAGCUCAGUCUGUUUGUCGGUUUUUGGAGGAUCUACAGGAAGACGAUAUGAGUUUGGAACUACUUGAAUGUUAUGCUCAGUAUAAGAAAAAUGUAGAUGCUAUACGAGAAUCGAUUCAUAAUAAGAAUAUCUCUGUAAAAAAGUUUACUUUCAAACCUGGUAAAUUCUAUUCCUGGGAGGAUAUUAAUGUUUUCAGAUUCGGAAGAAUAAAAACGGAACCAACAGAUAAACUUUUCUUGCAUGUGCCAUCGAAACCGAAAAGAACAAUUCGAGGCACAUUGAAGUCCAUAUUUUCUAUACAAAACAUUAUUCUAGUCUUAGUGCCAAUGUUUAUGUUGAUAACAAUAAGUAGAAUAUGUGCUUUAAUGUCAGACGAAACGGACAAAUUUCCUGACGCAAUCUGUGGCUUAUUUUUAUUUCUUUAUAUAUCACUUUCUGCUGCUGUUUCUUAUGUAAAAGGGUGAAAGACGUCAUCAAACUGGUGCAAGAAAUCUAUUAUCUUUGAGGUUCUCUAAUAAGGUUUACAACGCCAGUAUUUAAACCAAAAAGUGUUCAGUUAUAAGUGCUAACUCCAUAUUACAUAUUUUUAUUUACUUGUAAAAUGUAUUUAUAUUUUAAAGUAUAUGCCUUGUUGAAAGGACAUUUGCUAUCUUCUCGCAAUUAAGUUUUGGUACGAUACAGUAACGAAUUCGUUUCACAACCAAUAGUUUCCACACGGAAAAUUGUCUGAAACGGUUUUUGCUACUCAUUUUAUGCCAGUUUGGGAUUUACAAAUCUGUGGGUUUUAAAACUUUCGUCCCCGAGCUGGUUUAUAUCCACAAAAGGGUCUCUAGCAUAGCUAUAUUAGACAUGGCUGACUUUGAUUUAUAUAGAAGCAGUUUUGUAUUUAUUCAAAGCUUAAAGGUCCUAUCGGGCUUGGUUACUUAUCUUUUCUCAAUUAAACAAGUUCGUGUAUAGAAAAAUAUAUUUUAUUUUACAUUCUAAGACGCAAGAUAGACUACGCAGAUUGUUAUGUCUAAAAUAGUACAAAAUGUAGUUAAAUUUGUGGGCAUUUUUCAUAUAUCGGGCUUUCAUGUUAAAUUCUCGUGUUUGAAAGGCAUUUUAAAGAUAUGCAAUAUAUAUAUAUAUAUAUAUAUAUAUAUAUAUUGAAAUAUAUGUGUCUUGACUUUUUAAUCUUUUAUGAUUACGCUGGUGCAGUCUAAAUAUCCCAUAUUAUUUUUCAAGGUCAUACCCAGAAGACAGAUGUCACAAAUAUGCCCUGUUAGAGAGCAAAGUGAAACUAUAGGCAAAACUUAAGAGAGCCUCACCUUUCGUCCAAUAUUUUCAGUAGAUUCUGAUAAUUUUCGUUUUUUACAUACAUGUGCAACUGUGUUUGCUAUUUAUUUUUUUGCAGAAAUAAAAUUGAACGAA